UUGACUACGAAGUAUUAAGGCUGACUUGCCAAACUGCGAGUUGCUCUCUCUCUCUCUCUCUCUCUCUCUGCUCAGUGUGUCUGUGCAAUCGACAGGGGAAACUGACCACUCGAUCGUCUUUGCUUUCGGUUUCGAUGCUGAUCUUGUUCGUCAAUGAAAGCCAGGGACCUCACUUCCGCUUUGUGUCGAAUUGUGUAUUACAACUUUUCUGAGAACUGAGGAUUGAAAAUUUGAGAGCUGAGAAAUUCUUCGAGAAGGCCAGCGAGCUCUACAAGGAUUAGCACUGAAGAGAGAGAGAGAGAUUAGAUCAAGUAUUAAUUUGAGUAACUUACAGCUCGCCUUGGCUGAUACUUCAUAACAUAAAUUUGGCAUUUCAGAUAAAGUUAAAGAGCAGUCAUUGGAAGAGUGUUAUAAUGCUCACAUGGAAGAGGAACUAACAGUGAGGACCACAUUGCAACAAUGGCAACAAUAAGAAAAAGCCAGAGAACUGGCGGAUCCAGCACAACCAGGCUGCAGAUGUCGGCUGUUGCCGUUGCUAGCAAUGAAGACCUCUUGAGAGAGAUUCUUACACGUCUUCCUGUGAGACCUCUUGUCAGACUCAAGGUUGUGUGCAAACAAUGGUGCUUUCUCAUCUCUGAUCCUGAGUUUUUUAUCAGUCAUGCCCGCAGAAACAGUAGAUCCAAUGGUUUAUUGUUGAAAUGUCUCAAACAAGCCCCAGGACUUUCACUCGUACCCCUUGAGGAGUAUCAACCUCCUAGGGUUUUACCAUUCAACUUCCUCAACAAGCGGGGUACAAAUGUUUUAGAUUCUUGCAAGGGCUUGUUGUGCUAUUCUAUGGCAGAUCUUCACGAUCCCAUGCUCAUUUCUUACUAUGUUUGUAAUCUUUCUUCCGGGGAUUCCACAAGAAUCGGUGUGUUUGAUGCGCUGUCAACAACACGUGGGAGAGUUGUCUUUGUAUCUUUUGAUCCUUUGAAGUCAGUUCACUACAAAGUUAUCUUCAUUCAUCAAAUAUCUUCCUCAUCAUCUGACUUUCUACUGAAAAUUGAUAUUUACUCAUCGGUGACCCAAUCUUGGAAGCCUGCCAAAGAUGUCAUAGUACCAUAUGAUGCAGGAUUUAAAAAUGAAGCAGUUUACAUGAAUGGUGCUAUUUACUGGUAUGAUCAAACCCGGAAAGCAGUUUGGUACCUUGAUUUAGAUGCAGAAUGUCUAGACAAAGUGCCGGAUUCAAUGGAUUGGCAGAAAAUAAGUUCUGUCAAGUAUUUUGGAGAGUCAAGCGGCAACUUGCAUCUCAUUGCAACAUGCAGACUCCAAACUACGCUACUUACUAUCUAUGAGAUGAAACAAGACAGGUCUGGUUGGUUUGUGAAAUAUCAUUGUGAUCUUAGUGUUCUGGCAGAUGCAUUCCCAAGGAUAUUCUGCGCUCACUAUGAUAACCUUCAUGUGUAUCAUCUCUUGUGCCUACUAGAAGGAGAAACAAAGGAGGAGGCAACUCUUGUGAUGGCAGUACCUGGGGAAUUGAUUUCUUACAAUCUCAAGACAAAUGCCUCAAAGACUCUGUGUCAAUUUGGAAUGUUUGGAGUAAUAUAUAACCGGAAUGGGGCUUAUGAAUUGGAGACCCUUGGGAUCAAGACUUAUCAAUACUUGGAGACCCUUGCUCGCAUUUGAACACUGUUUUUAAUAAGAUUGUAAUAAAAUAGAAAAGAGAGAACGAAAUUAGGAGUAGAAAUCUAAAAAAUAUGUUUGGCAUUGGUUACUGCUGAACUCACUUGGGUGCAAUAUCUUCUUAAAGACUUUGGUGUCUUUCUUUCUACGCCACCUGUGUUGUUUUGCGACAUUGUUAGUUUUCAAUCCUGUCUUUCAUGCUCAGACCAAGCACAUUGAAAUAGACUAUCACUUCAUCCGUGAGCAUCUUUUAUUGGGAGUUAAAGCGAUGAGUUGGGUAAGCUUCCUAAGUGUAUGGCUGAUCUGGUACGAUUGUUUUCAACAAGUAGUGCAAUAUAAAAGUAUUCUAUGAGCGAGAA